GUGUGAGCUACCGAGGUGACUGGAUGUAUACCUAUCUCUUUGUGCUAAAUAUACCAUUCCCUCAUUAUUUAUAGCAAUGUAUAUACACUCUGCAAACCGUGUCUUAACAAACUGCAGAUGCAUCCAAGUUUUCACGCUUUGGGACACCACGGACGGCUCAGCAAUGGCAGUGUGAUUUAUACAGAUUUUCCAGGGUAAUUUUGGAAUCCGGGGAUUGUUAACUUUCAGGAAAUAGAGGACUUAACUGUGGUUUACAUAUAAUCAAGAUGUGGCGAUACCUUUGGAAGUUGGCUUCUGGAACAAACUUUAGUGAUGAUGACUUUUUCGCACCCUUUUCUGCAAGUCUCGUCUACUUCUCAUGUGUAAUGGGAUUAGGAAUCAUUCUCCGAGUUCUGAAUAGAAUUUUUUCGCCUGAUGCUGUCAAAGAAUACAUCGCUGAUUUCCUCGCUACAAUGGAGAUGUGUGCUUACUUCUUUGAGAAUAAUUUCAUAUUCAAGCAUUACGGAUCGGUGUGGUUGUUCAUUGCUGUGGUGAUUGAAUGCUUCAUCGCAAACAGAACUUAUUUUGGUGCCUCCGAAAAUCCUGUGAAAGCUUUUUAUCAAUUCUGUAACCGCGAAAUAGGACUCACCACCGCAGUUCUAAAAAUAGCCGUUCAAACAUUGGCGGGAUUAGCCUCGUAUCGUUUAGCAAAAUUAGUCUGGUCCCUUGAUCUGGUUCCUGACCACAGAGAAAGAUUUUAUGAAAUGGAAUGCGCCUCUGAUCUUAACGUCGCACUUGCCGUUGGCAUGGUGGUGGAGUUCGGCGCCACUUUAAUCGACACGUGGUUAGGAAUCCAAGUAUUGAUGAAAAAUUCUCUAGUAGAUGAACUGAUAAAAUUGGGCAAUGGAUCCUUGAUGAUUGUAAUGGGUAUUAACAUGACAGGGAUGUAUUUCAACCCGGCGAUGGCCACAGGUCACACAUUUGGGUGUAAAGGCACGGCGGCCUGGGAACAUUUUGUUGUGUACUGGAUCGGUCCGUUCAUUGGCUGUUUUCUGGCCAUGAUGUUAGACCGGAUGUUACACAUUGACGCGACAGUUACAGCUGCAGACAAGACCAAAAAGACCCAAUGAGAGCCUUGGACACAUAAUCCCAGUUAACUUUAAUUUGUGCAGAUCUCCGUCCACCACGCAUUCCCCUAAUGUAUAUUUACCAUAUGUUACUGAAACCCGCUGUUAUAUUUAUUUGUUACAUAUAGAAAUGAAUUAAAAGGAUUGUUGCCUGAA